AUGGCUGAAUCUACACCCCCUAAUCUUGACAAUAUCCAAGGCGAUAUCUGGCCUGGUCUGUCGAAAAAGUACCAAGAGUUUUGGUUCUUUCAGAUCACCGAUGUCAAUGCUUUCAAGCCUAGUCUCGGAAGCCUGGUGGCCGAUAAAGUCAUUGCGACUUCCAGAGACGCGCUAAAAAAUAGGGAAGACAUACUGGAGAUUAAAACCUCGCAACCGGGUACCAUGCAUGAGCUAGCUGCAGUGAACAUUGCUUUCAGCUUCAAGGGAAUGCAAAAGCUGUCCAAAGAUGGCUUCAAGGAUGACCCGUUUCGCAAGGGUAUGGAGGCCGAUAUGGUAAACGAGGGCAGGGAUAAAAUUGAGGAAUGGAUGAAAGAGUUCAGAGCGGAAAAUGGUGGUGUUGAUGGAGUGGUGAUGGUGUGCGGGACUGAAGCGAAGGUCAAGGAGACCACCGCAGAGGUGGCUGAAACUUACUUCAGCUCGGCUCAAGGAAUCAAGCAUAUCAUUACUCUUGACGGUAGAGAGCGACCUGGUAAUAACGCGAAGCAUGAGCACUUCGGUUUCCUCGAUGCCAUUUCGCAGCCUCGGUUGACGAGCUUUGAUACGAAGAAUAAGAAGGGAGAUGGCAAUUACCAAUACAUGUGCCGUCCUGGCCGCAUUAUCAUUGGACAUGAUGGAGAUAUGAACAAUGAGGAAAAGCUGCAGCACCCCAGCUGGGCCAAGGAUGGCAGUUACCUUGUCAUUCGUAGACUCAAACAGCUUGUACCAGAGUUCAACAAGUACCUGAAAGAGGAGGCUCCUAAACUUCAUUUUACUGAAGGCCAGUUAGGAGCACGGCUAGUAGGACGUUGGAAAAGCGGGGCCCCUGUUGAGCUGUACCCCGAUGUGGACAGCCCCAAAAAUGCAAGGAUGAACGAGUUCAACUACAACGUGAACGAUCACAAAAAUUGCCCAUUUGCUUCGCACAUGCGCAAGACUAAGCCUCGAGCCAUAGUCAGUGAUAGAGAUAUGAACGAUAUCAUGCGUCGCGGUAUCCCCUAUGGACCUGAAGUCGGAAAGACCGAGACCGAGACCGAGCAAGAUCGAGGUCUCAUGUUCACAUGCUACCAGUCCAGUAUUUCUAACGGCUUUCAGUUUCUGAAAAGAAGCUGGAUCAAUUUGGAUACAUUCCCAGCCGACAAGACCGAGUUUACUGGCGGUACCAACCCGGGACAAGACGCUAUCGUGGGCCAACUCGUCAAGAGGCCUCAGAAGCCGAAACACAAAAUCCUGACCACAAGCCUUGUCGAUGGCAAGGGCCAGAACACCACAACCAGCUUUCUUCCCUUUAUCCAGUCCAAUGGCGGUGAUUACUUCUUCUCUCCUUCUAUUCAGCUUCUUGGAGACAUGGCUGGAGGGUUGAAGACUGGUAAACGCAAACGUGGGGAUGAAAAUUCCAGCGGCAUGUCCGUCAUCUACCAUGCCAAAUUUUCCUACUACCAGUAUGCGAACAACGAAAAUAUCUGGGUGGUCUUUCCUGAUGGCCAGACUCACGGAUCGCCGCUUCAUGUCCUGGCAACAUUCACCAAGAGUGCAGCUGGUGUUUUAAAUGAAGCACUUCACGGAAUCUUCCCAUUUAUGCACGUGGAUUCAGACAGCCGUAGCUUCAAGACUAGAGUCAAAGAGAACUCUAACGUGCCACAGUAUUACUGGUUUGACGGUGGCUGGAGUGAGAAUGGUGAGAACCUAGACCUGAUAAUGUACAAUAAAGCUGGGGAGAAGUGUGGAGAGUAUACUCUGGAGCGAGUGACAAAGGAUACUCAGCUUAAGAGCAAAAACUAG